CUUAAUUUAAUUAAAUUCAAAAUUUUCUCACACGCAAUUGGCCGUUUCCUUUCUUUGACCUCUUCACAGGCUCACAGCCAAUCGCAACGUUCAAAUUCAACAAACCGAAGGACUCCAAUUUGAAAAGUAAAAGAACAUCGCCAAACAGAAAUAUAAAGUCACUUUCUCUAGGUUUUUUUACCUCCAGUUCUGUGUCCAGAUUUUCCCUCAUUUUCUCUCAUCCCAAACAGCCAAACCCAAAAAAUCAAGUUCUAGAAGCCAGAGAGAUAGAGAUGGCAAUAAAUUGGGAACUCCAAAACUGCUGCCAGCAUGACCAGGUCGUGUUCCUUGUCACCAUCGGUGUCUUCUCCGUCGUUAUCCUUGCUCUGUGGAGGACAGUGCUAAUGACACCAUUUAAGCUCAUCACUGUAUUUUUGCAUGAAGCAAGCCAUGCAAUUGCUUGUAAACUCACUUGUGGUCAGGUGGAAGGGAUUAAGGUGCAUGCAAAUGAAGGUGGAGUGACACAAACACGUGGUGGUAUAUAUUGGUUAAUCUUGCCAGCUGGAUAUCUUGGUUCCUCAUUUUGGGGAAUGCUUUUGAUACUUGCAUCCACAAAUCUUACGACAGCAAGAAUAGCUGCCGGUUGUUUUGGAGUUGCUUUACUGGUUGUGCUCUUUGUUGCUAAAAAUUGGACACUUCGAGGUCUUUGCAUUGGAUUUAUCAUUUUCCUUGCUGUCGUUUGGCUAUUGCAAGAAACAACAAAAGUACGGAUUCUUCGAUAUGUCAUUCUUUUCAUUGGAGUGAUGAACAGCCUGUUCUCAGUUUAUGAUAUUUAUGAUGAUCUAAUAUCCCGAAGAGUCAACUCCAGUGAUGCUGAGAAAUUUGCAGAAGUUUGCCCUUGUCCUUGUAAUGGUGUUGGUUGGGGAAUCAUUUGGGGAAUGAUAUCAUUUAUUUUUCUCUGUGGAUCCAUUUAUCUUGGACUUGUGAUCUUAUCUUGAGGUUUAAAGACAAGAUCAAAUGUUUCUCGUUAUAUCGGAGGCGAUUACGAUUUGUGACUUCCCAGUUCACUACUCCCCCCACUUUGGCUUCUUGGCUUCAGAAAUAUUGUUGUUUUGAUUCAUUUGACAUUUAAUAGAGAAUUAUUGUGUAGUGUGUAUAUGCUUCAUUCUUUCAGCUCUUUUUCAUUAGGGCUUACAUUGCAACAACUUAUGAUUCAUUUUGUACAGUAGACAUAUUUAUCAAUGUGGUGAUUGAUAUUCAGAAGAUA